AUGUUCGUGAAGCACUGCAAGGUGGAGGUGUACCUGACGGAGCUGAAGCUCUGCGAGGACAGCAACAUGGACAACGUGAGCUUCAGCUCCGUCAGUGUGAAGAACUCGGGCUACAGCCUGCCGUCCUACCACCCCUACAGCAACAGCUACGACUACCCGGAGCAGAGCCGGCAGAGCGAGCGCUCCGGCCUCUGCGGCCUCUCCAACCUGGGAAACACCUGCUUCAUGAACUCUGCUGUGCAGAAGGCAGAAGGCUACAAAAAGUAA